CUGAAGGAGUACAAUAACCUGAACCUGUGCAGCUGUAUUCUUCAAGAGAGGAGGAAGACAGUUUGAACCAUGGCAAGCCCGGACUUACUUGCGAAAAAGAGAGAAUGUCUCCAGGCCUACAGCUGGUGGAGGACACCACAAAAGAAACGGAAGAAAAAGAACAAAAUAAAACCAGGAAGAAUAGAGUUUGUCCCUAGUAGUACUUCAGCCAGACCAGAUUAUUCAAUAUUUGUUGGGGAGCUUACUCCAGAAGUGGAUGAUUUCCAGCUCUUUGACUAUUUUCUAAAGAGGUACCCCUCAUGUAUUGACUGCAAAAUAGCAACAGACCUGCUGGGAUAUUCAAGAGGGUACGCCUUUGUCAGAUUUGGUGAGCAAGGUGAUCAGAUGAGGGCACUGCAAGACUGCCAGAAUGCACCAGGUCUGGGGGGAAAACGAAUCCGGCUGAGCAUAGGAAUUUCUAAAAGACUGAAAGCAGAAUUCCAGCGGUACCAGUCAUACACCUAUAAUGAUUAUUACCAAGAUUAUCAGAACUACUACUCCUCACAGUGGAAUUAUGAUCCUUAUGUUGACUACAACUACAGCUCCUAUACUCCCUAUGAUAGCAUGCAAGCCGUUGGAGACUGCUCUUUAGGAGAUGCUGUUAUGGCUCCAGCUGUUUUUGAGGAAACUUCAGUUAUGACCGAAAUCAGUGAUGACUUAAUAACUGAAGAUCCACAGCUUUACUUGGAUGUUGACGAAAUGAACAGACAAUUUAUGGAGACAAGUGAAGAACUCUAUGAUUCCCUCAUGAAUUGUCACUGGCAACCUCUGGAUACGGUCACUUCUGAGAUCCCCCCUGCUAUUUAAGUGUCUUAUAUAGCAUGACCGUUAUGACCAAGGUGCUAAAAUUACAUUUCUUCUACAUUACUCUAGAUCAUAAGUUUUAAAGCACAAUGAUAGGUUGGAUUUUUUUGCUAUGCUUUUGACAGUUUCUGUAAUUUUUUUUUUGUUCAUCACUCUAUUCUUGGAGCAUCUUGAAAUCAUGUAAAUAUUCUAGAAAUGUAAAGAGUUCAGUGGGGUCUAAAGGUAGACUUGCCUGUGUAAAUAAAAUUUUGUUUCUGCAAA